AUGGUGGAGCGGCUGCAGAUCGGCAACUCAGAGGGAGACCUCGUGGCCUUCCUGGCAUCGUUGGGCGUCAAUGCCGGGCUGGUCCUGCUCUGUGCUUGUAUGUUCGGCUGCCUGCGGGGCAGGUAUGCCUUGGUCUAUGCCUCAAAGGCAGAAAUCCCUGGGAGCCACGGGAUAGCUCCCCCGGAUGUCUCUGGGAUCGGCUCUUGGGCGGUGGCUGCCUGGAGGCUUCCUGUGGAAGAAGUUGCAAACCAUGCCAAUCUGGAUCACGGAAUGUUCAUCGAAUUCUGCGACACAGCUAUGAUGUGCCUGCUGUCCACAGGACUCCCCGCUGUUCUGGUCCUUUGCCCGUUGCAUUUUUUUCGUGGUGGUGAUGCUGCUGGCUCCGACAACCUCAGCCGCGUGGGCUUCGGCAAUGUGGUGCAGGGCAGUGCCGUGACAUGGGUGCAUCCCUUCUUUGUCUGGUACACGGUGAUUGUCACCCAGGCCUUCAUUCUGCGUGCCCAGCGGGGCUUCGUCCAGAAACGCUUCCAGUGGCUCAGGACUAUGCCGGAGCCCAGGGCAAAUUCAGUGCUGCUGCGCAACAUCCCCCCAGAUCUGCGUCAGGAGGCGGCCCUGCGAAACUACCUUCAGCAGCAGAUCUUCGGAGCCCACGGUCAGCGCGAGGUGGUUAGAUCCCUCUACUUCUUGAAGGAUACCUCGGAGUUGGAGCCCUUCUUCAAAGAGAGGAACAGGCUUAUGCAGGAGCACCAGAAGAUGGUCCAGGCCGGCGAGCAUGAGAGGCGCCGAGCUGUUUUGAUUGCCGAAGUCAAGAAGGUGGACACGCAGUUGGGGAAGCAGCAGGCCAUCAUUGAGCGCAGCGAUGAGUACAACCAGGAUUCUGCGUUUGUGACUUUCGAAAUCCGCCACGAUGCUGUGAUCGUCCUGAAGCUCUUCUCGGCCAGUGGCCAGGGAGACGAAGACAUUUUG